AUGUUAUAUGUCACCGUCUGUGCAGAAAUUGUUCGACAUACGUUAUCUAGAAUUUUUAAUUAUGUAGUGGCCUCCAAGUCUCCAGAUAUAAAGCCAAUUAAACAUCUCUGGAAUAAUGUUGAGGCGAAUAUUUGGUUUGAAAAAGCCCAUACGACGUGUGUGGCAGACUUAAGAAAAGUGCUGCAACAGGCGUGGCUUGCAAUAUUUUUAACAAUACUUCAGCAAGUGCUGUCAACGCUUCACAAUAUUUACUUUGUGGAUUGUGGGAGAAUAGCACCUACGAGUAAAUUAAAACACUCUUUCAAAACAAUUGAUGAUAGUAUAUCAAAAGUUCCAGGUAUAGAAUUUUAUGCUCGUUAUGUGGAUGACAUAUUAAUUAUUUUUGAUUCCUGUAUGGUAACACCUCAUGAAAUAGAAGAUUAUGCGAAUACCUUACAACCCAAUAUAAAGUUUACUAGUGAAUUGGAACAGAAUCAGGAAAUAAACUAUUUGGAUGUGACUAUUAAGCGUGAGAAAACGCAAUUGGUGUUCCAAACUAAGAGAAACGUUUUUACCAUGGAAUUGAGGAAAAUACUAAACAGAACAACACUCUAUGAAGAUAUAAAUAAAGAAAUUAAACAAUUAUUUAGAAAAUAUUUAUUGAAUGAUUACCCGAAGAAUAAAAUUUUGGCCAAGCAGGAAAAUAAAAUGUCGAAUGUUAUUAAUAUUAUAAAUACUAAAGGUCGAAAAACAGUAAGAAAUCAGCUUGACGUCGCAGGAGUGGUCUACAAGGUAUCAUGUGAUUGUUUACAAGCGAAAUCAUAUGUUGGAGAAACGGGACGGAAGCUCGAGAUACGCCUAAAAGAACACGAGGCAGCGAUUCGUCUAAAAAGACAAGAGUCACCAUGGUAUCAACAUUGUGUUAAUUAUAAUUGUAAAAUUAAUAGAGACUCUGUAAGAAUAUUGUAUAAAAUGGAAAAUUUGUUUAAAAGACGUGUGGUAGAACAUCUUUGUAUAAUAGAACAUGCAAAUUUGUUGAAUCAGAAUGUCGGUCUUAACGUUGAUGCAUGCUGGGAAAAAUUUAUUUGUAUAAAAGGAAAUAAGUGUCUGGUUGUUGGAUAA